CCCGUUGUUCCCGUUCGCCUUCUUCUUUUACGGCGGCUCAAGUACCCUCAACAACAAGAAUGCUUUCGUGUAAAACCUUCCUCAAAUUGUUCGCGGUGGCUGUCGCGCUCUCCGACUUCACGGCUCAUGCCGACAAUGCGUAUGCAGAUGACUGUGAUGCUGCCCCAACCGUUCCGACAGUCACCCCGUGCCCCUCGUCUACUGUGCAAGUGUCCACUCAGAUCACUACUCCGGCCGGUGUAGAAUACCAAUCAGCUACCCAGCAAGAUGACUUUGUCACUACUAGAGAUACCACCGCCACCCCAACAAUCAGAUACGCGAACACUGAUGGUGGCUUAGAGACUGGUGGCGACGUGGCUGUAUCAUCGUAUGGUACCGAGGAAAGUCCUAAUUACUAUCUCAACGUUGAUAGCCAGAUCGACGCCGGAAAGGGCGGUGUCAGCAUCAACGCAGACGUAGAUGCGGAUGUGAAGGCCGACGUCGGCCUGGGCGUCGGUCCGAACGCGGGUCCCGGCGGAAAGCCUGGUCUUGGUCUCGGAGUCAACGCGGAUGUCGAUGCGAAGGUGAAGGCCGACGUCGGCCUGGGCGUCGGUCCGAAUGCGGGUCCCGGCGGAAAGCCUGGUCUUGGUCUCGGAGUCAGCGCAGAUGUCGAUGCGAAGGUGAAGGCCGACGUCGGCCUGGGUGUCGGUCCGAACGCGGGUCCCGGCGGAAAGCCUGAUCUUGGUCUCGGAGUCAACGCGGAUGUCGAAGCGAAGGUGAAGGCCGAUGUCGGCCUGGGAUUCGGUCCGAACGCGGGUCCCGGCGGAAAGCCUGGUCUUGGGCUCGGAGUCAACGCGGAUGUCGAUGCGAAGGUGAAGGCCGACGUCGGCCUGGGUGUCGGUCCGAAUGCGGGUCCCGGCGGAAAGCCUGGUCUUGGUCUCGGAGUCAACGCGGAUGUCGAUGCGAAGGUGAAGGCCGACGUCGGCCUGGGUGUCGGUCCGAAUGCGGGUCCCGGCGGAAAGCCUGGUCUUGGUCUCGGAGUCAACGCAGAUGUCGAUGCGAAGGUGAAGGCCGACGUCGGCCUUGGCGUCGGUCUGAAUGCGGGUCCCGGCGGAAAGCCUGGGCUUAGUCUCGGCGUCAAGGCGGAUGUUGAUGCGAAGGUGAAGGCGGACGUCGGUCUAGGCGUCGGUCCGAAUGCGGGUCCUGGCGGAAAGCCUGGUCUUGGUCUCGGAGUCAACGCGGAUGUCGAUGCGAAGGUGAAGGCGGACGUCGGCCUUGGCGUCGGUCCGAAUGCGGGUCCCGGCGGAAAGCCUGGGCUUAGUCUCGGCGUCAAGGCGGAUGUUGAUGCGAAGGUGAAGGCGGACGUCGGUCUAGGCGUCGGUGGUGCCGGUGUGAAGCGUAAUCUCGAGAACGACCGCGAGGCGCUGCUAUUCGAUCGCAGUACCCAGACCGCGACGAGAAGCUGCUGCCACUCACCAUUCGUCUGCUCAUGGGCGUGCGCGUGCGUGUCACGCUAUCCUCUCUUUUACAAGGCAUUUUUUCAGAAAAUAAUAUUUCCGGCAGCAAUAGCCAAGAACCAGAAGGAACGCGUGAUGCGCGUCGAAAUCACGGACGAUAACGGCGCAUAUCCGUAUCUCCUGUAUUUGCAGAGUGUCAAAGAGGAGGAAUUUCACGAACGCAAGGCGCAACAGAGGUCUCUUGUGGACUUGCCACCGUCCUAG